AUGAAUUGUAAUGAGUUGUCUGCAUAUCUCACAGAGUCACAGAGGACUGACAGCAGAGACACCAGCAAUGGUGUGGCGAGUGUAUUUGAAUUUAGAUUUUACCAGUGGUUAAUAGCUAUCAUUUUUGCAAUUGAAGAGAUCAACCAAAACCCCAUCUUGCUACAAAAUAAAACUCUUGGCUACAUGAUAUAUGAUUCGUGUUCUGCAGAGGCUGGGGCAUUACAAGGCUUGAUGUGGCAAGUCUCAGGAAAGAAUAACCCUGUCCCAAAUUAUUACUGCAGGAUGCAUUCACCCAUUUUGGCUAUUGUUGGAGAUGCUCUAUCUGCGACAUCAAUUCCCAUGGCUAGAAUUCUUGGGCUCUACAGGUUUCCACAGAUCAGUAAUGGAGCUUCUGUUCCUGUUCUCAGUGAUAAAACAAAGUUUCCGUCAUUUUUCCGAACCAUUCCAAACCAAGAUUUUGAAUCGUUAGCAGUCGCACAAUUACUGUUCUACUUUGGCUGGAGCUGGGUUGGUAUUUUGUUUGAAAACAAUGAUUAUGGACAGUUAGGAAGCCAAAGUCUGAAAAAACAACUUUUGAAAGGAGGCAUGUGCAUCAAUUUCUCAGAGAUUAUUCCCCUUCACUAUUCUAAAAGUAAAACUCUUCAGAUUGUUGAGCUUAUAAAGCGAUCGUCAGCGGUCAUUAUUAUUGUAAUUUCUACUGCAGCUAAUUUUAUUCCCUUAAUGGAGGAAAUUUCAUUGCAGAAUAUUACUGGAAAAGUUUGGUUUGCCUACCAUAGCUGGUCUGACUCACCAAGUGCUCCUAAGAAGGAGUUUGUUAGAUCAUUCAUGGGUACUGUUGGCAUUGGUUUCCAUACACAAAUAAUCCCUGGGUUUCAAAAUUUCUUCCUUAAUAUCCAUCCUUCGGCAGCAACAAAAAAUUUUAUCACUGCCUUCUGGGAAGAAGCAUUUGGGUGCAAAUGGCUCCAUGUUCUUUCAACUAACUUGAAUAUUCUGGAAAAAAAUGUUACACUUUGCACAGGAGAUGAGAAGCUGGAAGAAAGCUAUCAGCUUUUUGCCACAGAACAUAACUUAAGGAGUACAUAUAACACCUACACUGCCAUUUAUUCAGCUGUUCAUGCUCUUCAUGAUCUUAUAUCUUGUAAAAGAGGUGAUGGUCCAUUUUCUAAUCACACAUGUGCAAAUUUUGAAAACAUCUAUCCAUGGCAAGAAGCAGUUGCAGCAGGGUGGCUUCUUGCAGGUACAGCAGAUCCCUCACCACAGGCAGCAGCAGUAGUUGAGACAGACAAGGAGUCAGAAGAGGAGCCAGCAGUAGUAAAUGACAUUAUCAGACAGAAGCAGGAACAGUAUGCUCUGAAAGUGUUCUACUAUUUGAGAAACAUACACUUUAAAACACCAUUCAAUGAACAUUUUUUUUUCGAUGUGAACGGUGAUCCACCAGCAGUCUUUGAUGUUAUAAACUGGCAGUUAUCAGGUGAUGGUACCCUAAAGUACAUCGUUAUUGGAAUUUUAAACUACAGUGCUCCACCUGAUGAAAUGUUCAAACUUACAGAAAGAGUAGUGUGGAAUGAAGUAUUCCAGGAGGUGAGUGUAGCCAUGCCGACGUGUUUUGCCUAUGGUUGUCGUGUUCGCCGAGACAAUCUGCCACCUGGUGUAUCCUUCCAUCGCUUUCCACGUGAUAUUAAACUGUGUACACGAUGGGUGGUGAACUGUGGGGUAGAUGUCGGUAACAUAGGCAGGUUUGUGAAAGAAUCGGUCAGCAGUUCAAAACCACGUCACUUCCUGUGCUCCAAGCAUUUUGCAGAGAACCAAUUUCAGCUGGACUACAAGAGUCAACUACUGCCAGAAAACAUGAAGCCAAGGCGGCCUACUCGUCAACUACUUAAGGACGCGGUACCCACACUUUUCAGUUUUGCAACUACACAUCCAAGGACAUCAUCUGAGCAGCGGCUGCAGUGCAAACAGCAUGAAAAUCUUAUUGAGGAACUUCUCAGUACAACCCAGCCAUCCUUGCCAGAUGUUGUGAAUGACCAACUGUAUGGCCAAUGCAAGCCUAAUGGCCAUGUGCAGAGGCAGGAUGAAACGGAGAUGGUGCAUGAGGAAGCAGAGCCUGCAGUGGUUCGAGAUGACAUGGAAGACCGUCCUGUGCCAGAACCUGUAGAGACACCUCGCUCUGUCUGUAGUGAAAGCUGCCUCCCAGGGUAUCGUAAAGCAGCUCGUCAAGGAGAGCCAAUAUGCUGUUUCGACUGCAUCUCGUGUUCAAAAAGAGAAAUAUCAAAUCAGACUGAUUCCAUUGAGUGCUUCAAGUGUGGCAGCGAUUACUGGUCAAAUGGAAAUCAGACUGCAUGUAUCCCCAAACUGACUGAGUUUUUGUCAUAUGAAGAACUACUAGGCAUUACUUUAGCUACACUCAGUUUUUCCUUUUCUUUCAUUACUGCAUGGAUCUUAGUGAUUUUUGGCAUUUAUCGAGAAACUGCUAUAGUUAAAGCAAACAAUCGAGAGCUUAGCUACCUUCUCCUUUCUGGCCUAAUGCUGUGUUUCCUCUGUACAUUGGUAUUUAUUGGCUACCCUAGAACGACCACCUGUUUGGUCCGCCAGACAGCCUUUGGUAUCAUAUUUGCCAUAUGUGUUUCUUGUAUACUUGCCAAAACAAUUACUGUGAUUGUUGCCUUCAAGGCUACAAAACCAGACAGCAUGUUAAGAAAAUGGGUCGGAUCAAAGUUACCUGUCUCUGUCAUUCUCAUCUCCUCUUCUCUUCAGGUUAUAAUAUGUAGUGCUUGGUUGUUAACAUCUCCCCCUUAUCCCGAUGUGAACACAUCUGCCAAAACUGAUAUCAUAAUUAUUGAAUGCAAUGAAGGUUCAGAUAUUGCAUUCUGGUGCAUGCUGGGAUACAUUAGCCUUCUUGCCAUCGUGUGCUUUAUUAUUGCCUUUUUGGCAAGGAAAUUGCCAGACAGCUUCAAUGAAACCAAAUGUAUUACCUUCAGCAUGCUGAUUUUUGUUAGUGUCUGGCUAUCUUUUGUUCCAGCAUACCUUAGUACAAGAGGAAAGUACAUGAUUGCUGUGGAGAUAUUUGCAAUCUUAUCUUCAAGUGCUGGCCUUCUAGGUAGCAUAUUUUUCCCAAAGUGUUACAUACUUCUGUUAAGGCCCGAAAUGAAUACAAAAGAAUAUUUAAUGAGUAAACAAUGCUAGCAAAAGUUAAAGCAUGUAUUUUCUAGGAUAAAUCAGCACUUCUGGUUCUGCCCUGUGUAGAGUACGUUCAUUGUUAAAUAUAUCAGCAAAUUGAUGAAUAUAUCAAUAAUUAGUAUACCAAUUUUGCAUGAUUUUUAUAAUGAUAGUCUAUAUUUAAUCACUAAAUUCUAUUCUUUACUCAUUUUGUUAUGUCAACCUAUGAACAAAAGUUAUUCUUUUUAAAAGUUACAUUUAUUGCAGAUCAGCAAGUCAAAUGGCAUCACAAAUACUUAAGUCUAGGGAUCAAAUCCUCAUUUGCGACACCAACAGAAUGGUUUGGAAGGACAGGUAUAUUUCACAGAGGAGACCACAGCUGUGGAACAGACUCCCCAGCCACAUAAAACAAAAUUCAUUCCUGUUCACUUUAAACACAACUUAGAUCUACCAAUGAGAAAAAGAAAAUUUACCCCAGGACUAUCCCUGUGCUACUAAUGGACAGAUGCAGCUCAUAAAUGCUUUCUACCAUGCAUGGGUCCCUAUAGUUUGAUCUCACUUAUUCUCAUUAGGGGUAAAUAUAUAAUUGUUGACCAUGGGAUGGAUAAGGCCAGUCUAUGAUCAAAUGGAUUUGAUUAUUUCGAGCCACAAAAAGGGAAAUUGGCUAGGUUUAAAAUAUACCACAAGAGCAGCUAGUCUAGUACUUACCUAUGGACCUAUGAGUGAAAAACUAGCCACCACUUUAGGUCAGGCAAAGUCAUUUUUUUUGUAGUCUUUGCAUACAUUAGAAAGAAAGCUUAGUUAAUAUCAUAAUGUAUAUAUAUGAUACCAUGUGCUGGUAUAUAGAUUAAGAUGGGUCUAUAUCACAAAAUUGACAUUUCACAUUUAUUCUACACAAAAAUGUUGAACUCCAACAUACUCGAACGGCCAAAUCACUGAUUUCUUUCAGACGGAAAGAAAUUGGGGAAAUCGGUUGGUCAAAAACCAAUGCCACACAAAAACAAACAUAUUUAAGUGGGGGGCUUCACCCACCACACCCCCCACCAUGGGGGCUGUGCCCUCCAC